AUGUUCCACAUGCUGGAGAUUCUGAAGCAGGACUGGGAAGACAAACCAAAUUCUGAGAAAAUUAUGGACCAUAUCUAUUAUGCCAUUUUCAAGCUGUUCCCGAAUAAGCUGUCUCAUCGGCAAUUAGUUACAGCAAGAGGCGAUCUCGAAGAGAGGUUUGCACCGGGUCGAACGCCAUCGAAAAGUACGCAGGAGCUGCGGUCUAGAAGCGAUCAGAAUUUCCAUUCGGUGAAUGUACUGUGUUGUGAGCGGUGCUACCAAUACGACUGUGUGCUGCAUGGCCCGUACGACGAUGAAGUGAAACCGUUCAAACGUCGUCAAGGAACGAGAGCUCCUAGACCGAAACCGUGUGGCCCGCAUUGUCAUCGUAAUGAAUGCCCAAAGGCAAGCAACGUACCAAGCAGCUCAUCCGAUAAGAAGCAGACCCCAAACUGUCGAAGUCCGUCAUCACCUCGAAGUCGACAUCGCCAAUCAAAUGGUGGUCCUGACGGUGCAUCAUCCAACAUUUUGAAUGGGCAUAUCUCAAAUGGAAAAACUCCAGCAUUCUCUAACCCGACGUUGAUGAACAUUCUCACAGCGUUAUUGGCUGGUGAACAGACAUCCACAUGUUUGAUCACAGCACAGAUGAGCAUGAUAUGUGAGGAUAUUGGAGAGCCCCCAAAAACAUGCAGCGAGAUUCAUCGUUUGGCUUCACAACUAGCUCAAGCAAAUCCCAGUCUCACGCCUGAGCAUAAGAAAGUUUCCGUCAAAGACAAGCAUCGGUCGUUCCGGUCGUUCACAUGGGCUGAUGGGAAGGGACAGGUGAAUAAAGCACUUUAUCUGGGCGAAAUAGUCGCUUUUACAUGA